UCGUAUUUAAUAUUUUAAUUGGUAAAUUUACAUCACAGAUCGUUGCAGAUUCAUUGUUUCCCUCUUUUAUCCUCCUCCACAGAUCAUUGGAUUAAGAGGUACAAUGUCUCUCUAAUUUCUAAUUUCUGUACACUACCACUCUUUUGAAAUUAGACACCAUCGUUCUGGGCAUAAAAUUGUUCGGUGCGUUAUGGGAAUAGGGAUCUAUACGUUUGAUCCGAUUCACAGAUUCAUCGUCGCAAAUGGAUAACUUAGAUUCACUUCGGCAGAUAACUACUGAGAUUUUCAGAUAUAUCUUGUCAUGUUCUAUUGCCCACUACAUUCUGUCACCUGAAUGUAUCUUAAGAUUUGAUUUGCGAUCUUGACAAGCUUAUGAAUUUUUGUUUCUUCCCCGUUUAUAGAAUUUUUUACUAUAUUAGCCAUGGGCGUUCGUUUUGAUUCAGUAGUUUGGAUUUUUUGUUUUCCUUUUUAAGAGACAUAAGGCUUGAUUAGAGUAAUCUCUACCUUUAUAUUUUUUUGCUUAGAAUUAUAGAUUUUGAUUUUUUUUGUAUUCUGUUUUGCUGUAAGAUUUUGGUUGUAGGUAUUAAAAAUAAAUAUUUUAUUUUAUAUUUUAUAAAGUAAAAUAUAAGUGCUCUAGUUAUUUUGUUCUUUAAUAGUCAAAAAUCUAAGAAAAUGGGAAAGAAACAUCUUUACUUUUAUUUUAAUUUUUUAAAAUAUGAUUGGAAGAGAUUUAUUCUUUAGAAAGAAUGUGGGAUGUGGAAAGACACUACGACAUCACCUACCAAUCAGCCCGUAGAAACCGUUCUGGUUUUUAUGAAAUUUGGUUCGAUUCUGGUAAGAAUAUUGGAAUUUACUAACACCUGAAAAAUUAGGGGGGAGCUAUUGGUUCCAGUUUGGUUUGGGACUCUCAAAUCAUUUGAAAUAACUAAGAUGAAAAUAUUGGUUAAUUCAGGGUUUUGAUAUAAAAUAUCAAGUAAUUUGAAUUGUUCAUAUUAAAUUAUCGGAUGAUUUGCAUAAUUUAAUAUUAUUUGGAUAAAGUUAUUCAGGCGAUUUUGUAUUUUUGGGUAGUUCAUUUUUAUAUAAUAUUAUAUUUUGACAAAUAUAAUUUUUCUUAGAUAUACAGUUAUUGUAAACUAAAUAUAGCUACUAUUUCUAAGAAUGUAAAUUAUAUCACAGAUAUUCUGUGUAUCCAUUCGGUUUUGGAUUUUUUGGUAUAUAAAAUGCUAGGCCUAGUAUAUAUAGAGAUAUGGGUUGUUUGAAAAAUUUUCUUCUUGAUAUUUCCCAUUCUCAUGAAUCUCAUGAUGCUACUGCUUUAGAGACCUCCAUACCAAGAUAUUGUCAAUAUUGGUCCUGGGGUGAAACUACACGUCGUGGUCAAGUUCUCGAAGCUGAUGGGGAGAAAGCUAUUGUUUAGGUUUGCCAAAUUUUUGCUCUGUUCAUUCAUUAGCUUACUGUUGCUCUUUAGUUCACAUCUGAUGUUGUGCGUUAAAAGUUCUAGGUUGGUGGCCACUUGUGUCUUUUUGGGAUGUUGCUUUUUGGUUACGCCCAUGCUUUCUGUAGGAGUAUCUUCUGAAUUGAGUUACUCUAAUGGGCAUAAGAAUCCAAAAGAGGUUAGUGAGGCAGUUCAAUUCACGUUGAACAGAAAACCUAAGAUUUUACUCCAGUGGACCCUUUUACUCCAGUGGACUCCUCAUGCUUCUCACAAGAUUAAGCUAGCUGUGAGAGGAGGUAUAUCAUCUUUUGAUUCCUUGUUUGAUUGAAUACUAUGAUGAUCAUAUCUUACUUAAUUGAUGUUCUGUUCAAUGUAUAUAUAUAUAUAUAUAGAUUUUCCAAAAGCAUCUGGUGACUACAAGUGGCUUAGCUCAGAUAUGAGGAUUGUGUAUGUGUCAUCCUAUGGAAAGAGGCCUGGAAUAGCCAUUGUGAAGACUGUAUCGAAUCGUGAUCCUCAGAAUUUUGAUGAGGUGAGGAAACCAAUUAAUCAUCACUUUUCAUAGUAUUUAAUUUGUGUCAAUUAUAUUACAAUUCUCAUCAUAUUAAUAUGUAGAUUCUUGUCAGAGUUUUCGCAAGCCACGAUAAUGUAAGCUGUGAUAUAAUCCUAGAGCCCAUACUGAACAAUGACCAGCUCGAGCCAAACUGUAUCUUGAAACCAAACCUUAUAUCCAUGGAUUGCAUUGACAUGACCCUCCUAGUAUACUCUCCCGUUGGUGGUAUCCUUGCUAUACUAUUACAUUAUUUUUGUGUUUUUCGACACAGUUGCUAUGUUAUGCAUGAUAAGUGCCAUCGUUCUAGAAGACGGUCCAGACGGAUGUCUAUACGGCACAUAUAUAGGCGCUAAGCAGCUACAGAUCAUAAUAUUAUUUUGUAGAUGUUGAAAUAAAGCUAUCGAGUAGAGUUAUUCCUCCUCCAUUUUAUUUAAAUAACGUUAUUAGAUUGGCUAAGUUGUUAUACACUACAUUUCAAUUUGUCAAGAUGUUAUUCACUAAUACGCUACAUCAUCUCUUCUAUCUAUUGCUAUCAAAAUGUUUUGUAGCCUGGUGGUAGUAUAAGAGGAUUUUUUUUUUUGAUGAAAUAUCAAACUGAUUGAGAAAUUAAGAUGCCAAUUUACAUGGUUGACAGAAUAUAAAGAAUUUUUAAGAAAAUAAUAACUAGAGCUGGCUAAAAAAAACAUAUCUAGAGCUGUCUAAACAUCUGUCAUAAAAUGUGUUUCCAUUUUCAAAUACUUUUCAUUCUCCAUAACCAUCUUCACGUGCAUGCAUAAGAACAUAAACUGAAAUCAAAUCUUGAUUGGGCAAUCAAAUGGUCAGAUUAAGUUAAACUAAAUUUUGACAUUUAUACUUCUGUUACAAAACCUGUUAAAAAUUUAUUAAUUGAUAAUUUGGGUAUCUAAAAGGAUGUAAAAAAAAUUAACUUUUAGUUUUUUUUUGAAACAGUAUUAACUUUUAGUGAUUUUUUCGUAUUUAAUAUUUUAAUUGGUAAACUUUUAUAACAGAUCUUUGCAGGCUCAUUGUCUCCCUCUCUUCUCCUCCUCCGCAGAUCAUUGGAUUAAGAGGUACAAUGUCUCUCAUUUCUAAUUUCUGUACAUUACCACUCAUUUAAAAUUAGACACCAUCGUUCUGGGUAGAGAAUUGUUCGGUGUGUUAUGGCGAAUAGGGAUCUACAAGUUUGAUCCGAUUCACAGAUUCAUCGUCGCAAAUGGAUAAGUUAGAUUCACGUCGGCAGAUAUCUGCUGAGAUUUUCAGAUAUAUCUUGUCAUGUUCUUGCCCACUACAUUCCAUCAUUUGAAUGUAUGGGUAGAAUAUAACUGACAUUUGUAGUUUUUAAAAUCUUUUCUAAAACAUAAUUCGAAGAGAUUUAUUCUUUAGAAAGAAUAUGGGAUGUGGAAAGACACAACAAAACUUUUAAAGCACCUACCAAUCAAGUCCAUAUAAAUCGUUCUGGUUUAUAUGAAAUUUGGUUCGAUUCUGGUAAACAUAUUGGGAUUCUGGCAAACAUAUUGGGAAUCUGCUAACACCUGAAUUUUUUUGGGUCCGACUGAUUCCAGUUCGGUCCUUUAGAUAGCUUCAACAAACUCGGAUACAAACAUCCUUUAAUUUGAGGUUUUCAGAUAAAAUAUCAAGAAAUUUUCUUUGUUGAUAUGAUUUGCAUAAUUAAUACUACAGUGAAAACUCUAUAAAUUAAUAAUGUUGGGACUAUGACAUUUUAUUAAGUUUUAGAUUUAUUAAUUUACCAAAGUUUCAUUUUUAGAUUUUUCUAUUUCAAGAUAUAUUUUUUCCUUAAAUAAGAAAAAUAUUUUAUUUUAGUGUAUAUGCAUUAAUGUUUUUUGAAAUUCGACAUUGAUAUUGGUUCUAUUAUAUAAUUUGGUGUAUAUAAAAUAUAUUUCCUAGAAUUUAAAUGUAGUUUAGAUAUAAUUUUACUAAAUAUCAUCAAACUAUAUUAAAUGUUAACAAACUAUAUUAAGCGUUAAGAAUAUAUAAAGAUAAAUUCAUUCUAAAUAUACGACAAACAAUAUAAUGAUUGGUUUGUACAUAUAUAAAAUGUGUAUACAUAUAAAUUAUUAAUUUAUACUUUUAAUGAGAUCAUAUAUUUACAUAAGAUUUUCUAAAAUGUUAAUACCUUAUUAUCUUAUUAUCUUAUCGAUUUGUAUUAUAUUUUGAACCGCCCAACUUGGGAACGGAUAAAUUUAUUAAUUUAUAGUAUUUCUUAAUUAAUUUGCUGAGUAUUAAUUUAUAGAGUUUCUACUGUAUCCGGAAAAAAUAUUCAGACAAUAUAUUCUGUCUUUUUGGGUCCUUCAUUUUGAAGAGUAAUAUAUUUCGCAAAAAUAAUUUGUCAAUUUUUUUAGAUAUAUAGUUAUUUAAAAAUAAAUGUAGCUACCAUUUUUAAGAGUGUAUGUGUCUCGGAUAUUCGGUUCUCGAUUAGGUUCUGGUUCGGUUUUGGAUUUUUGGUAUUUAGAAAUAGAACCGCUCGGGUUUUAUCAGUCCAAUUUUGGUAUAGUUCGACUGUUUCAGAUAAAAUGUCUAGUCCUAGAAUAUAUAGAGAGAUGGGUUGUUUGAGAAUUUUUCAUCUUUGUAUUUCCCAUUCUCAUGAAUCUCAUGAUGCUACUGAUUUAGGCUUUAGAGACCUCGAUACCAAGAUAUUGUCAAUAUCAAUUUUGGGGUGGAACUACAGGACAUGGUUAAGUUCUUGAAGCUGAUGGGGAGAAAUCUAUUGUUCAGUUCUAGGUUGGUGGCCACUUGUGUCCAUUUGGGAUUUUGCUUUUUGGUUACGGUCAUGCUUUCGGUAGGAGUAGCUUCUGUAUCGGGUUACACCAAUGGGCAUAAGAAUCCGGAGGAGAUUAGUGAGGCGGUCCAAUUCACACUGAACAUAAAACCUAAGAUUUUACUCCAGUGGGCCCCUCAUGCUUCUCACAAGAUUAAGCUAGCUGUGAGAGGAGGUUGUCCAAAAGCAUCUGGUGACUACAAGUGGCUUAGCCCAGAUAUGGGGAUUGUGGCUGUGUCAUCCUAUGCAGUUAUCCAGGUAAAGAGGCCUGGAAUAGCCAUUGUGAAGACGGUAUCGAAUCGUGAUCCUCAGAAUUCUGAUGAGAUUCUUGUCAGAGUUUUCGCAAGCCACGAUAAUGUAAGCGAUGAUAUGAUCAUAGAGCCCAUACUGAACAAUGAUCAGCUCGAGCCAAGCUGUAUCUUGAAACCAAAGCAUAAGGCCUGCUUGCUCAUGAUGUUGCUAAUACACUGUCUCGUUGGUUGGACACUUGUUAUUUUAAGUCACUAUUGUUGUUUUGGAGGACGUACUGGCUAUGCAAAGCAUCAUAAGUCUCAGUGUUUUGAAAAACGGUUCAGACGUUUGCCUAUUCGGCGCAUAAGCGGCUGUAGAUCAUCAAACGAUCGGUGGUGAUUGGUUAAUACUGUAGAAGCUGCACACAGCAUUAUUAUAACUACAUCACCGAUUUGACAGCAUUCAGACUUUGUUAACUUUUUUGUUUCUACAGCACUGCUUUAACUUUACGGCUGUACAACAGCUCUAGAGAACAAUAUAUCUACAGCCUAGUUUUAUGGGCUUUCAAAGUAUAUUUACAUUAGCUUUAUUCCAAUAUUAAUUUGUAAACAUUAAAACCCUAGUUCUUCGUAUCAUUCAUCUGUUUUUUUUUUUUUCUGCUUUUAAAUUUGAUUUGACAAUUAAUAUCUUAUUGUUAUUCUUAUGGUUAUGUAUUUGUGUAUUAUGUCAAAUUUAUUUUUAUUAAAAUUUUAAAUUAGUCUAUUUUAUGGAAAAUUUUAAAUUAUCAUUUUAUUAAUUAAUUAGAAUUAGAAAUUAUAUAAAUCUUAUGAUGUAUUUAUUAAUAAAAAAUUAUACAUGUAUAUAUAAUAUAAUCUAUAGCUAAGUUAUACCAAUCAUACUUUAAAAAAAAAACUACAGCAAUAAAAUCUACAGCUACAACAAAAAAAUCUACAUCAAUAAUCUUAUAGCAAAAAAAGUAAAGCUAUAGCUUCUACCAAUCAACCCCGAUAUUUGUCUAGAAGUUGAAAUAAGGUUUGUUUGCUAUCGAGUAGAAUUAUACUAAAUUCAUAUUUGUCAAAAAUUGUGCAUUGGAAAUCCAUGACUACAUUUAGUGUGAAAGAAGAAAAACUUGUAAAAUAACUAAUAUAAAACUAGAGAGUAUUAUUUUACCGCCUUCGGUUUUUAGAUAUUUUAGGUUCUUACGGGCAUAUUCGGACCUGGAAAGAUCCAACUCGAACCCCGUCCAUAAAUUUAUAGUACCCGAACAUAAUUUAAUUUUAAAACCCAAAAAACUCAAUAACUGAAAAAAUUGAUCCAUACUCGAACGGGUACCUGAAUGCCCAUGUCUAUCUGAUUCUGUAAGCAAAUAAAAAAAUUAUUUAUUAUCCGUUUUGAAUUCUUAUCAUGAAUAAAGUAAUUUCAUUCAAACUUGUGAAAUUAUUAUGGUUAACACGUAAAACAAAUAAUGUGAGAUUAUUUGGAAAAAUAGGUAAGUUCUGUUUUCUAAUUCUGUGAUAAAUUAUGUCCAAUUAUUUGGAAAAACAAUAAAUGAAUUAGUUAAAGUUAGUUAAAAAGAAAUGAAUAAUAUGUAAGAAAUUACUUAAAAAUAGGUAAGUAAUGUUUUGUAUUUCAGUUUUAUUAGAAUAUAUGUUAUAAUUCAUUAAUUAGGAUGAGACAUGCGCUUUGUGCAGGGUAAGUGUAUGUAAUUAAAAUAUAAAACAUUAGUAUUGAAAAUUUAAGAUUUACAUAUGAUUGUUUUUAGGGCUUUUUUCAAAAUCAACCUAAAAUUUGGAGUCAAUUCCAAAACCAACCUCUUUUUUUUUGUCAUUACUAUUCAUCCUUGAAAGUUCCAAAUCCUCCUUAUGUUUUUCAAUUAUUUACCAAAGUGCCAUUAUUAAAUAAUUAUUUAAUAAUUUUGAAAAUGAGAAAAAACCUAUUACACCCUAAACAUUUCUUCUUAUUUACAACAAUACCAUUAUCAUCAAUUUUCCAACCACCAUAAACCACCAUUUUUGAGCUCUUAAAACCUCAAGAAUUCAAUUUGUAACCACUUUUUUCUCUUUCUAAACUAACAAAUCUUCAUUUUCUCUCAUUUCCUCUUCAUUUUCAUCUGAAAAUCUUUCAUAACUUCCAUUUUUGUAAUCUAAACUUUCAUAUUUUCGAGUUUAUUCAGUGGUUAGUCGAAAAAGGUGGUUCUUUUUGGUCAUAUUUGGAGCUUGGACGGUGGUAAAUGGUGGAAACGAGCUUUACACAAAAAAAAAGAUAACUAUUUACUGGGUUUUUGUCAUUUUUCAUAUCUGUGUCGCGAUAGUAGACUGUUUUGUAUGUCUACUCUUAUGUGUAGACGUACGAUGCGAUCUAUUGUUCAACGCACAGGUUACUUUUGCAAUUGACCAAAAUAAUUUUUUUUGUAUAGUAGACUUCCUUAGAAGUCUGCAUCUUAACCUUUGAAAACAAAAACAAAAAAGUAGGUAGACUUACUAAGAAGUUUACGUAAAGAGGUUAGUUUUUGCAUUUGGCCAAACUCUAUGCAACUUUUGACUUUUCAUAGUAGACUUCACGAGAAGUCUACAUUAUGUAGACUGCUAUGAAAGUCUACAAAAAGUCAAUUUUGCAUUUGACCAAAACUUUAACUCCGUUGAAUAGGUUAGUUUUGUAUUUGACUAAAAGAUUAUAUAGUUGACCGAAUCAAAAAAUAGUGUAGACUUCAUAUUCAGUCUACUAUUCUCAGGAAAAAAAAACGUAGAUUGCAUAUGAAGUCUACUUUUUUAUUUUGGUCAAAUGCAAAACUAACCUUUCGAAUUUGGGGUAGACUUCAGUUGAAGUCUACACAUGUGUAGACGUUCAUAUCAAUCUAUUUGUACAAAGUCAAAUUUGGUCAAUUGCAAAAACUAACCUGUUUUAAAAAAUUAAAAAAUGUAGACUGUAAAUGAAGUCUCCUUUGGAAAAUCAAAUUCUGGUUGAAUUCUGGUCAAUUGCAAAAACUAACCUUUUCAAAAUGUAGACUGAAAAUAAAGUCUACUCAUAUAAAAUCAUAACUUUUUUUUAAAUACAAAUGAUAACCCAUGGAUUUUUCAAUUGCAAAAACUAACCCUAAUUAUAGACUAACUUGACAGUCUACAAACGUAAACUGAAAAAACAGUCUAUUAUUAUGUAGACGGAUUAUAAAGUCUACAUAGAAAAAUCUAUAAAAGAUGGAUUUGUGUAUUAUUCGUAAUGUAUUUUCAAGAUUUUUUAGUUUGACAGUGUGCGUUAGUUAAUCCUAAUGGUCUUGAGGUAUUUUGAAAAUAUAAUCUUUUAUAAUUAUUAAAUUACCAACAUUUUGAUUUUACUAUCUAGUUAGCUAAUAAGUGUAGAUGUCUUUAUAAGUCUACUUUAUAAUUUCAAAAGUGAAAAGAGAAUACUUGUUGUGGUUGAAGAAUGUUAGUUUAUGGAAGAGUGAUAUGUAAGAUCAUUUCUACGUACCUUGAGAAAAAAAUCAGAAAUAUUAGAAUGGGACUCUCUUAUGUUGAUUAUUAGUAUUUAUGUGUUUUUAUUUACUCCUUACCGCACAUAAUUUUACAAUAGAGAUAGACAAGUGUGAAACUUAUAAACUUAUAUUGAAUUUGUGGUCUUGAGUCAGUAUUAUGUGCCAUGUUUUAUUGCUUUUAAGUUGUGUUACGUGAUGACAUUUUGUUGAACUGUGAGUCUUAACUUUGAUGUAUUCAUUUGGAGUUGUAUUAAACAAGUCUACUUUCGGUCGAGUACACUUCAGUACAGAAUAUCCAAGAAAAUUACAUAAUACAGCAGUGAUACAAAAGCACAAUACAAUAUAGCUAGUACAAAGGCAUAUAAUACAAACACCUAUUACCAAAAACUUCAUAUCCUCCAAUUCUAGCCAAAAAAUGGUUGCACAAUCAGGGCAGUUGAAGCGGCCACAAAGAGUGCAAUCAACGAUAGAACAUAGACUUGGCCAAUGAAUGUGGCCAUGGCUUAAAAUACAAGAACUCCAUA